AUGGAGCCUUAUCGGUACAAUGCUACACGUCAAGAAGAUGAAACUUUCGUCGUCUUACCAUCUCCAUAUCCACGCCCAUCGCCGCCGCCAUUAUCAUCCUCAACGCCUGCUCCGCUCGCUCCCGCUCGCCCCGUCACCAAGAAGAGAGGGAAGGGUAGCGGGCGGCGCGUCCGCCUCCCUCCCCUCUGCGCCGCCAGGAUUUUCCAGCUCACGCGGGAGCUCGGCCACCGCACCGACGGCCAGACCGUGGAGUGGCUCCUCCGCCACGUCCACCCCUCUGUUUUCCCCUCUAGCUACGCGGCCACCGCCGUGGACUCCCCCAGCAGCGCCACGGAGGACCUCUCGCCGCCUUACUACCCUCAGAUUCCGGCGGCGGUGCCGGAGACAGACCAGGAUGCGGUCGGACCGACGUCGUUUACGGCUCUGCUGAUGCAGGCGGAGAAAGGGGAUUUUGUUGUGAAACAAGAAAUGGGUGAUUAUUGA